CUCUCGAGCUUUGUCUCGUAUAACAGCCGUCUACUUUGUUUCUCUCUCUCUCUCGAUCAUUCCGCUUUCCCUUUUCCUCACUUAUCCGCCCCAACACCAUCGCUCGCUUCCAUGGCUUCUUCCACCGCCAGUCGCUGGUUUAGGCCCGAGGUGUACCCGCUGUUUGCGGCGGUCGGGGUGGCGGUGGGGAUCUGCGGCUUCCAGCUGAUCCGCAACAUUUGCAUCAACCCCGAAGUGAGGAUUAAUAAGGAAGGCAGAGCCGCAGGAGUGCUGGAGAACUAUGCAGAAGGAGAGAAAUACGCAGAGCAUAGUCUCCGAAGGUUUGUUCGGAACAGAAACCCUGAAAUCAUGCCAGCAAUUAACAGUUUCUUUACUAAUCCGAGCAAAUAAAGCAUUCCAUAGCGGAGCAGCUCAGCAUGAUGGAUCUCAAGUUGGCAUUCGAUAUACUAUGGUUGAAGACCAUGGUUUAAUAUUAUUCAAUGCUUCAGUGAGAUGGAACUGAAUUCUGUGUGUGCAGUAUGUAUAUUUAAGAUGCUGAAUGUGUCUGAAUUGUUGCGUAAUAAUGUUCAAUAACCUGUGAUGACCUUUUCGCCUCUAUAUUGAAUCACAUUAUUAGUAUAA